UCGGGCCUCUCGCGGAACGACCGGACCAGUCGCGCCGCGUCCAGGACCCGUCCGUCGCGCCCUGAGCCCGCGAAAACGCGCGCGUGACCCCGCGACCGCGCGCCAGCCAAUCGGAGGGCGGCCAGGGUGACCCGGGCGCGGCCGAGAGGUCGCCCGGAGUGGGCCCCGCGCACCGCGCCCUGAUUGGUCCUUUCCGCAGGACCGGGCGUGCGCAUUAGCCGCGGCCCACUGCGAAACCGCCGCUCCGAAAUCGCCGACCUGGAGGUCCUAGCGCAAUGCCUGCACCAAUUGACUAAGCCGUGCCCAGGGAAGGACACUUCUUAGGACCGAGAAUGCCGACGGACCUGGUGGUGACGUCGGCGUCGAGUUCGGAGGACACGAGUCGCGUCAGAGACCUGCUGGGACCGUCUUCAAGACCAGGGCCCUCUUCAAGCGGAGGCUCCGGGAACGGCGGGCCCUCUUCUUCGAGGAGUUUCGACCCCAGCGCCCUGAACGCGUACCACCAUCACCACCAUGGCCUGGUGGCGGGGCUGGGCCAUCCGCACCACCGGGAAUCCUCUGCCUUCGUCCCGGUGGUUCCAUCCAGGCUCCACCUGGCCCCGUACCCUGGGGACAUGCACCCUCACCUGCCUGGGGGUCCAUCCUCCUCAUCCAGCUCGAGCAACGAGCACGAUGGCCCAGAGAACCCCUCCAGGAAGUCAUCCACCAGCUAUGAGAUCAUGGCGAUGAUGGCCGAUAAAAGGAAGGAGCUGGCCGCCAGGGCUAUCCUGCUUCCGCCACCUCCUCUUCUGGAACCUCCUCCAGGAUAUCCGGUCUUCGCUGGCCCUUUUCCUGGAAGCUCCGGCCUCUAUCCUCCUGGUGGACCCCUCGCCCACCAGCACCUCGACAGACGUCUCCUCAGGGCGCCCGGCCGCGCCUCCAGACCCAAGAAACAGUUCAUCUGUAAGUUCUGCAACCGGCAGUUCACCAAGUCCUACAACCUCCUCAUCCACGAGAGGACCCACACCGACGAGAGGCCGUAUUCCUGCGACAUCUGCGGGAAGGCCUUCAGGAGGCAAGAUCAUCUAAGAGAUCAUCGGUACAUCCAUAGCAAGGAAAAGCCCUUCAAGUGCGGGGAAUGUGGAAAGGGCUUCUGCCAGAGCAGGACCCUGGCGGUGCACAAGAUCCUGCACAUGGAGGAGUCGCCCCACAAGUGCCCGGUCUGCGCCAGGAGCUUCAACCAGAGGAGCAACCUGAAGACUCACCUGCUCACCCACACCGACCACAAGCCUUACGAGUGCACGUCCUGCGGCAAGGUCUUCCGCAGGAACUGCGACCUCCGGAGGCACGCCCUUACGCACGCGGUUGGAGACGUUCCUCCAGAAGCCUUGGAAGAGGCUCUUCGAGACGACGACAGUCCGGAAGAGGACUGCCCGGAGCCUGGACCCUCUUCCUCCUGCUCGUCGUCGGCGCCGUCGACCUCGACGCCAUCUUCUUCCUCGAGCGGGUCUUCCGGUUACCCGCCGUCCGCACCUCCGCCGAGCAUUCCGCCACCUAGACCGCAAUUACAGAUUAGGAGGGACCUUCUUCAGGCGAAGCCUUCGACGAUGACCUGCAGCGGAGGAGUCCCCUCCACGCAGAACCCGCCGGCUCAGCUUCCCCCACCACCGCCGCUGAUACUGACCUCCUAUCGGCGAAGAUUGGGCUCCCCAGGACCCUCCAGAGUGCUCUUGGAGCUUCAGGAACGCGAGAGAGAGCGAGAGCGAGAGAUGGACAGGCAAAGGGAAAGAGAAAGAGAACGGGAGCGGGAAAGAGAAGGGGAAUCCAGAUCAACCAGGGCCCCCACCCCGCAGCCUCCACCCCCACCCCCACCACCGAGACCUGCCCCUGCUAGGCAGGGGUUCACAAUCGCCGACAUUAUGCGCCGGUAGGACAGCUUUCUUGAGGAGAAGUCAGAAUUUAAACGAAUCUACGAGAGCCAAUCGAAAAAAAAAAAACGAAAAAAAUGGAAAAUUUGCCAUGAAAGUCCUCUAAGCGAUUCUCAUCCGCACGUUACCAAGAGAUACCCUUGGUACAAUUUGCCUUGUACGGCAAGAAUUAGGAGGGAAAAAGCUUUCUACCUAACAAGUGCACUUGGAGGAACUUGGAAAUUUGUCAAUUUUCGUGAAGUGCUAUUAUAUUCGUUGUGCAAAUCUUCGUCGGAUCGCGUCGAUGUGUUCGGUGGCCGUUGGGCCCGGUUUAAGCGAUCCGAUGGGAACCACUGUGUGUUCCGCUAAAGAGACUUUUUAAACCUUCUAUUGACUUAAUUAUGCGUGUCCGAUGGAGCUUUCGCGAGGGGAGCCCUGUACCGAAACUUGGCAAGCUUCAGGGCAAGAUACAGCGGUUCGCAGUCGCCGGUUAAAUGGGUUCUAAAUACUACUAGUACCUAAGAAAGCAAAAUGGCGCCCGAAGCGGGGGGAAGAUACGAAGUCCAAAGGGGAACGAAGCCGUCCAAACGCUUUAACGAUACAUUAAGACCUCAUUAUAAAGAGCCAAGGAAAGUGAGAAACGUUUGUGAAUGUUAAUCAAGCCGAUCGAGUGCACGGAGGAUUGCCAAAUUCACAGUACAGGGUCACCUAGAAGUCAGCGAACGUGCGAGCAUCGAACGGUGCAAUGUUCACUCCUAAAGAGUCUAAAAUGCCGAAAACAGGACAUUGAGAAUGCAGGAUGCGUAUUUUUAUCGUAGAUCCCUUAGAUAACCUUACGUUUAGGUCCGUCCUCGUGUAAAUAGUAACGCACGCAGCCGUGCAGGUGAUUCGUUCAACGAAGACCCGGAAUACCUGAAGGAUAACAAAAUGGCGGCACGAGAAGAGGCGAGGAAAAAGACGCGAUCGCAACAUACGGGAACUGCUCGUUUUGUUUUUGGUCCCCUUUCACGGCAGAGGCAUUGACAGACGCGGAAGGAGAUAAACGUAAAAGAGGCCGAGAUCCGCGGUAUCCAUGUAGCUUGUAUUCCUUAGGUAGCUCUAAACUUAGGCUAAUUCCCAUGUAAAUAGUAGCACAUGUCCCGCGCAGGUGAUCCGCGUUCGAGGUUCCGAAAUACCUGACGGGCAGGAAAUAAGAAGAUGGCGGAGCGGGGCGAAAAUAAGGCGAGCAAGAAGGGAACGGCGCUGUAAAGAUCGCCGAGUUAUGGCGGAGAGGAGCGUAAUGGUUUCGAGAGCAAAAAAGGGAACGGAAGCCGCCAGGGCCGAGGCCCCCGUAAAAGGUCCUUUGUCCUGGGCCACCGCUGGACCCGGAUUUUCUGCCCAGGGGAAUGCAAAUCCCACCUUGACCUGCAACCUGCGCCACCGAAACGGUGGCAGGUGCUUGUCUUGGCUAUCCUGCUUUUCGAGUCGCGGGAAGCCGCCUCGCUUCCAAGAACGCGUCCUUCCAAGAUGGCGUCUCUUUCGCACGGCGUAGCGACUUCUUUGUGCCUAGAUUAUAACGCACGACUUCUCUUCGGCAGGGCCCCGUAAUCGUGGAAAAUGUCGUUUAUCACCGCCACCUUGCAGUCCAUAGGGCGAGAGGACCUAGACACUACUUUUUACGUAUUUAUUAGCGAUCCUAGGGCGAUCGCUCGGAAGAGGGGGGCCAUUACUCGCGCUUCUAAAAAUACGCUCUCGCCCGACGCGAGGCCGAAUUAAUAAGUAGGGAACGACUGUUGCGAACCAAAAAAAAAAAAGAAAAGAAAAAAGAUGUGGGUCCCACAACCUGCGCCACCGAAACGGUGGCAGGUACACCGAAGGUGUCCUUCCUCCUUUUUGAGACGCUGAAAACGCGCUACCUGCCGCCCGGACAGCUUCUAAAAAUAUGUCGACCCUCUUCCAAGAUGGCGGCCCUCGCUUUGCCUCGAAUGGGCACAUUAUGGUCCCCUUUGUAUCCGAAACGCGCAACCGUGCCUCGUCAUCUGGGGUAUUAUAAAAGCCGGGAAGUACCUCGCUCUUUGUCGCCGGGGAAAUGCUAAUUUAUUACACGCCGAAGAGGGAAGAGAAAAUGCAAAGGAACAUUCCCCUGGGCAGAAAGCCGCGCAACCGAUGAGCUUUGAAAUCCAAGGGCCCUAGGAAAUGCUUCUCGGGGUCGAAGGUGCUAUUACUCGUUACAUACAUUUUUCUCGGGGGCUACCAUGAAAAUUGAAUUUGCGACGCGAAAUGGGAAAGAGGGAGAAGAGUCCCAUGUGAUAAAUUCUAAAUCGACUAAUCGAAGUCUUCCGUGAGAGAAUAGGAAAUCUUUUGGAGCCGAUUUAACGGUUGUUGCAAAGUGCUCUUGAAUAUUGUUUAUACGCCGCGGUGCCAAUGUGUUUCUCAAGAUGGAUGCGUGAGAGUAUGAAAAAGUGAGAGAGAGAGAAUACGCGCGUGCACGAGAUUUCUGUAUUAAUAUAAACGGAGAGAAGACCUGUUAUCGAGUUGAGACUUUAAGAUAAUUAUAUAUGUACACAUAUAGAUAUAUAUGUAUAUUUAGUGAUAUUUUUUAUGUACAAUGUACAACGAGGCUGGCGCAUGAUAGAUUGCAAAGAUGCGCCGGGGCUCCGACUUUUCCUGUUAAUUUUUACGGUACGCGUAAGGACCCAGAACUACGAUACAUAAGUACCUAUACUUAAUUAGGAACGAUAAGGGCACAACCUGUAAAUUAUAUACUAAGAUGAACGAAAUAAACAGGAAAUAAAAUU